AUGAGCUAUAACACAACUCCAUUGUUUGGGCGACAGUCAUUUUUAACCGAGGACAAUGAAGUUGAACUAAAUAUUUCUCCUACUCAACCAUUGGAUCUGAGAAUGUCAAUAAUAAAAGCUCAAAAAAGGACGUCUUCUCAAGCAAUUAGAAUUUCCACAAUCGCCCAAAGACUAACGAACGAUAGUAAACAUGUUUCUAUACAGUCCACUAACACCUAUACUUCGAAUGACACUUUUCUCACUGCAAAUUCCCGCGAAGCACAACUCCAGAAUGAUCUAAGCUUUCAACAAAGUCAUCCUUUCACAGUAUUCACUAAAAGCAAAGAACAACUUCAUGAUGUUGAUGUGACCCCAGUGGUAAAGGAGUCCACAUUCAUAGAUGUUACGACCCCAAAGGCAAGCAAAUUUGAAUUAGUGCCACCUGAAGAAGAAUUGAGUAACUCACCUAAUCCCAUUAAGGGGCUAGGCUUGACGCACUCCAAUCACACGCCAGAGUUCAGCUACGAUGUAAAUCAAACAGUUAGUGACACCGAAGAAGGUGAUACCACUCAUGAGUUUACAUUUGACUCCUAUGGAAAGUUUGCCCAUAAUGGUACCCUGAUAUCGGCUGGCGACACUAUAACAACUACCCCUCCCUCAACGGAGGGGCGGGAGCACUGUAUCAAUCCAAGACAUACCGAGAGAAAGUCUCCCGGUUUUUCCCUCUCGGAAGAAAAUCUUGCGUAUUUGUUUAUCAUUGCCGUCCAUUCUUUCAAUGUUUCUUCGCUUGAGAAUAAAGAAGAUGCAGCCAUUUGCAUUUCAUUCGAGAAAGGUGACGUUGCGUUUGUACAUAGUGUUGAUGAAUCAGGUUGGGGAGAGGUAACUCUAAUUAAAGACAUGCGAAAAGGCUGGGUUCCUUUUAAUUAUUUUGGAGAUGCAGUGAAGGAGGAAAAACAACCAAAUGAUAAGAAUGGUUUAAAUACCUUCAUAGAUACAAGAAAGCCGCUCGAACAAUUGCUCUCUGCAACUGCUAAAUUUAUCCUACACCCACAAGACUCACAGGUCAAUAAUUCUAAUGAAUAUUCCUUUAGAAUUGAGUACAUCAAUAGCAUUAGAGACGGUGUAAAAACCUUACUUCAGGAAACUGAUUGUGUGUCUAGGUCAAACGCUUUUGUACAAAAGAAGCCAAUGAUUAAGAAGAUGCGAAAAAGAUUACUGGCAGAGUGGUACAAUCUGAUGAUCAAAGCUGACUCUUAUAAAAAUACCACGAAUGUCUCAAAAAUUGAUACUUUGGUAUCUUUGACCUUCGCUGUGUUGAGAAAGGCAUUCUUGUUCUAUGAAAUCUGGUCAGUCGAGAAGAGGUCAUACGAUUUGGAAAAAACCCACCAAAUAAUUAAUAAGAGUCAUUUAAUACAGAAAGAUUUACGAGGCGAACAAAAUCCCUUAGACGACCAAACAGUGGCUAAAUCAUGCACUAGAAAAGAUAUACCAUGUCUAAAAUUACCUCCUUCUGCAUUUAAUAGACUUAAGGAGAUUCACGAUAUUCUUUUCGCAUACUUUGCAUUGAUCCUUGGGAGAUUAGACAUGGUUGAACACAGCCCUGCUAAUUGCGAGGUUCUCGAGAGUAUAGUACAUCAGGUUAUACUUUUACUCCGAGAGUUGUUGUAUAUAAGUCAGUCUUGCUCGUCAAUCAUUCAUCAGAAGUACAAAAACCAAUACGAGAACAAUCUCGAUUAUAAUUUGGACCCCCUUCUCUCAUUAGUAUCGGAACUCGUGUCAUCUGUGAAGGUAUUUGUCACUCAAACCAUCAAAGAAAGGAUAGAUGAUUCUCGUGAUCUUUUAAUGAAGGAUGAACGGUACUAUUAUACUGAUGAAGGUGAACACAUGAUUCUGAUCGUGUCCCAAAUGACCAGAUUUAUCAGCAAUGCUGUUUCCGGCUGCAACAACUAUUUGAAAUUGAUUGGAGACUUUCAACUAAGCGAUGAAAGAAAUUAUCCUGAUUUUGCAGCUAUAAGGAUCACACCUGAUCAGUUCAUAAAAAAAUGCUCCAGCAAUUUGAUCAAAAAGUUAGAUGACAAAGACCAGUUUCGAUCAUUUUUGCAAGCAAAUAAAUCAAAAAUUAUCAGCUCAUCAUCAUAUUCCAAAAAUUUGGCAAGAUUUUCCACGAUCCGUUCUGGAAGUCAAUACAAUGCCUUAUCAUUCGGAGGAACCCAAAUGCUGUUAGAUUACCUGCCUGAUAAAAAAUCAUUCUUCAGAGAUUCUCUAUUUGAACCUUUCGCGCCUGAUCCUCAAAGUGAGAAGGAAGCAGACCAGAUAAAUGACAUUGAUAAGAUGAAAGAUGAAAUUGUGUUUGAUAAAAAUGAAAAUUUGGCAGGAAUUUCUUUUAGGGCACUGGUAUUUAUGAUAACUGAUGAAAUGAGAAAAUCUGAUGAUAACCUACUCUAUACGUUCUUACUGAACUAUAAAUCAUUUGGGAAUAGCGAAGAGCUUAUAGAGCUCUUAAUUUCACGAUUUGACUCUAAAAGUCAAGCAAUAAAGUAUACUUUCGGAGGAAAAAACGGGACUUUUUCGUCACUUGCUUCUAGAGUCCGAAGCAGACGUAGAUUGGUUUGUAAAGUUAUCCAACUGUGGAUGGAGAGCUUCUGGGAUUACGGAGAUGAUUAUAAACUGAUCGCCUUACUUAUAAAUUUUUUCAAUGAAGAGGUUACUGAACAUCUUCCAAUAGAGGCAAAGCUUUUGAUUGAAAUAGCCGCCAAACUUUAUACUUACUCACCUAAGAGGCUGCACAAAAAUCCCGACCCUUAUAUUCAGCUUAUUCCAAGGAACGUAAAUCCUGUGAAGAAAACCAAUUCAGGCCUCUCCAUCACAUCCUCAGCAUCAUCAUCUAUUUCUAGUUCUACAGCUUCUACGUCCUUCGAUGAAAAGUUUAUAGAAAAGUAUGAACUUACAAAACUUCCCCUCUCGUCUCACAGCACUAUUUCUUUGCCAGUUCCCAUUUUAAGCCUAGGAAAUUCAUCACUUUUAACUAAGAGAAACAUGUCUGAUAUAGAGAGAAUUGUACUGACAUACAGAGAUAUGGUUGGCUUCCCAAAUGGCGCCAUAACUACCAGGAAUUUUGUUACAAACUAUAGCUUAGAGAAUUUGAUCUCUGAGUGGAUGAAACUGGUGAGUAAUUCGAAGAAUCAGGCUCCACCAAGAAACUUAAUCCAUAAUGACCUCAACAUAUCUGAGCUGAAUCCACUGGAAGUUUCUAAACAGAUAUCAUUGAUUGAAUCAACGAUCUUCUUGAAAAUAACUCCACCAGAACUGCUAAAGUGCAAGUACUCUUCAAAAAAUCCAGAUCUCUCCAAGUCUCCUAACGUGAACAGUAUUAUAACCCUAACAAAUUUACUGUCAAACUACGUCCUGGAAUCUAUUUUGAUGCCUGGUAUUCCGCUGAAGAAAAGAGCCCUAAGAAUCAAAUCCUGGUUAAGAAUCGCAUUAUCUUCACUGUAUUUUAGAAAUUUCAACGCCCUCGCGUCCAUUAUGACCACUUUACAAAGCUACGUCAUUUCCAGACUUUCAAUGUUGUGGGGUAUGUUAUCAAAUGAAGAUGUGGAGUUAUUUGAAUACCUUUCGAAGAUUAUUCAUCCAAAUAAUAACUACAAAGUGUACAGAAAAAAAAUUGAAAAGCUGGUUACAGAAAGCUCUUCUUCUAGUGGUCUACUAUCUUCAAAAUCUGUGCUACCAGUAGUUCCGUUCUUUAAUCUGUUUUUGCAGGAUUUGACAUUCAUUGAUGAAGGUAACCCAAACUUCAAAAACCCUGACUCAUUUAGACCGAACAAGCUUAUCAACAUCGACAAAUAUUUCAAGAUCAUGAACACCGUAUCCAUGAUGCAAUUUUUCCAAGUUGGCUAUGAUCUUGAAAAUAAACAUAAUCCAUCAAAAAAAAGGGACUCUUUCUUCAGUUUAACCGGCACCAUCGAUAUUGACUCAAAGAGUAUCAAGCCAGUUGCAGAGCUACAAGAGUUUAUCCUUUUCGAAUUUUGGAGAACGAAUACGUUAUAUGUAAAAGAUUCGGAUAGAGGAUACACUUUGAGUUUAGAAAUGCUACCAAGAAAUUAA